AUGAAACGCGUAAAAAAUAGAGACGGAACGAAAGAACAAAAGCUUAUGAAUGCGGAUGACGUAGAUAGGGAAAUUGUUGAAAACGGUCUCGGAAUAUAUGAAAUGCCAGCAGAUGAGGUACAAGAAACUCCACAGGAAGAAGUUCAGAUACAACCAGACAUGGAAGAAAUAGUUCAGCAACAACAGCUAGAAGAGCCUGAAGGAAACGAACAAGUCCUUCCUUUGGAAACUAACUUCACAGAACUAGAUGAAGAUUUGGAACAGCCGAAAAAUCUUGACCCUCAACAAGAGUAUGCGGAGAAUAUGGAAUAUUUCCAAGAGUCUAAAAAAAAUUCGGCUGACAUAGUAGAAGAAUAUCGAAAAAUGUUUGCCGACAUACAAAAGACUCCAACACCAGAUGAAAAUAUUCAGCAUAGAAUGGAAGUACUGAAAGAAAAUGUACACAAAUACAACAACCCUUUUUACUUACGAGCAUUUAACGUUCAAUCUUCGGAUGAACUCGGUGAAAAUAAAAGGUUAAAUUUCAAGAAAACAUAUAGAAAUGAAACAUUGUUUAAAGUUCAUUCAGAACCUAACCAAGAUGGAAACAAACCUACUUUUGUUUCUGCAGACGAUGGAACUACAAUGAGAUGGG